AUGCUCAGCGCAAGGACAGCCCUGCUGCUGGUGAUGCUCCUCAGCCUCUCCCUGCGCCACGAUGCAGCCCCUUACACGCCACUCGAGUGCUGCUACAAUUACAUUAAGGCCAGACCUCGGGUGAAAAACCUGAAGGGUUUCUACAUGACUUCCAAGGAGUGUUUUGACUCUGCAAUUGUGUUUGAGACCAAGAACGGGACCAAGCUCUGCGCAAGACCAGAUGAGUCUUGGGUGGAGAAAAUAAUGGAGAUGCUUCAAAAAGAGGAAGGACUUCGUGCCCCGUGA